AUGAGUGCCCGCACAGAGUCGGGGCUUCCAAGUCGAGCAAAUGAAGGCAGCAUCCUGGCCGUGCAAGUCUUUGAUCAAAAGAAGUUCAAGAAGAAGGACCAAGGCUUCCUUGGUGUUAUCAACAUUAGAGUUGGAGAUGUCAUGCCAGAUCUUAGCCCUGACUCUGAUGACCAGAUGCUUACGAGAGACCUCAAGAAGUCGACAGAUAACCUCGUGGUCCACGGAAAACUCAUCAUCAACCUUUCAUGUAACCUCAGCACGCCCGCACGCGGGGGUCAAGCUUCCAGCAGUCGACCGGCCCUAUCUGUUCCCGGUGCAUCCAGCUCUUCCGCACUCUCCGCUCCCGAUGGGCGACCAAGCUCAUCCAUGUCGAACCAGAAUGGCAUUCCUCCUGGGGGUCCUCAAAUGAGCUUGCCUCAUCACCCACCCCUUGUCAGCUCAAGCUCUACGCCUGCUCCGGGAGUCAACGGCCCGAGUUCGUCACGGCCAACUAGUCAAUUGAGCCCCUUCGAGGACAACCAGGGUCGACUUCCCGCUGGCUGGGAAAGACGAGAAGAUAACCUGGGCCGAACCUACUACGUUGACCACAAUACGCGCACAACUAGCUGGAAUCGCCCGACCGCCAAUGGCGGGGCAGAGACCCCCGAGCGAGAAGGCGCAAUGUCGAACCAGAAUGGCAUUCCUCCUGGGGGUCCUCAAAUGAGCUUGCCUCAUCACCCACCCCUUGUCAGCUCAAGCUCUACGCCUGCUCCGGGAGUCAACGGCCCGAGUUCGUCACGGCCAACUAGUCAAUUGAGCCCCUUCGAGGACAACCAGGGUCGACUUCCCGCUGGCUGGGAAAGACGAGAAGAUAACCUGGGCCGAACCUACUACGUUGACCACAAUACGCGCACAACUAGCUGGAAUCGCCCGACCGCCAAUGGCGGGGCAGAGACCCGAGAGCGAGAAGCCGCAACAGCAGUCGAACGACAGCGGCAUCAGAACCGUACGCUACCCGAAGACCGGACAGGCACUAGCUCGCCAACUCUGUCGCAGCAGCAACAGCAGGGUGGCUCCCAAUCAGGAGCCGGCAGCCCGACCGGUCCCGGCAGCCCUUCCCAAACCAAUGCCAGCACAACGGUAAUGCACACUGGUGCAACCAGUCCUGGCACCGGCGAGCUGCCACCACUCUGGGAACAAAGAUGGACGCCAGAGGGCCGUCCCUACUUUGUCGACCACAAUACCAGAACGACUACCUGGGUUGAUCCGCGCCGCCAACAGUAUAUUCGCAUGUAUGGCGGCCAAAACAACACGAAUGGCCAGAUUCAACAGCAACCAGUCUCACAGCUCGGGCCCCUACCUAGUGGGUGGGAAAUGCGGCUCACCAACACUGCUCGGGUGUAUUUCGUCGACCACAAUACCAAGACUACCACGUGGGAUGACCCUCGUCUACCAUCUUCCUUGGAUCAGAAUGUUCCUCAAUACAAGCGAGAUUUCAGACGCAAGCUCAUCUACUUCCGGUCUCAGCCUGCUAUGCGCAUCCUGAGCGGCCAAUGCCACAUCAAAGUCAGACGUGAGCAUAUUUUCGAGGAUUCGUUUGCCGAGAUUACGCGUCAGUCCGCCACUGAUUUGAAGAAGCGCCUGAUGAUCAAAUUUGACGGAGAAGAUGGUUUGGAUUACGGUGGUCUGUCUCGAGAGUUCUUCUUCCUGCUGUCUCACGAGAUGUUCAACCCGUUCUACUGCCUGUUUGAGUACUCUGCGCACGAUAACUACACCCUGCAGAUUAACCCGCACUCGGGCAUUAACCCGGAGCACCUCAACUACUUCAAGUUUAUCGGACGGGUAGUUGGUUUGGCUAUUUUCCAUCGACGAUUUCUGGAUGCCUUCUUCAUUGGAGCACUAUACAAAAUGGUGCUGGGCAAGCCUGUCUCGCUUGCUGACAUGGAGGGUGUUGAUGCCGACUUCCAUCGGUCCCUGCAGUGGAUGCUGGACAACGACAUAUCUGGCGGAAUUCUGGAGCAGACCUUCUCCACCGAAGAUGAGCGAUUCGGUGUCAUGACCACCGAAGACUUGAUCCCCAACGGCCGCAACAUUGAAGUCACCAACGAGAACAAGAAGGAGUAUGUUGAUCUCAUGGUAAAGUGGCGUAUUGAGAAGCGCAUCGCGGAGCAGUUCCAGGCUUUCAAGGAGGGCUUCCACGAACUCAUUCCCCAGGACCUCAUCAAUGUGUUUGAUGAGCGUGAACUCGAGUUGCUCAUUGGCGGCAUCGCCGAAAUUGAUGUGGACGACUGGAAGAAGCAUACGGACUACAGAGGAUACACCGAGUCGGAUGAGGUUAUUCAGAACUUCUGGCAGGUGGUCAGGUCAUGGGACGGAGAACAAAAAUCGCGUCUUUUGCAGUUCACUACCGGAACUUCUCGAAUCCCCGUCAACGGCUUCAAGGAUCUUCAGGGAAGUGACGGACCAAGACGAUUCACCAUUGAAAAGACGGGAGAGCUCACCAACCUUCCCAAGGCACAUACCUGCUUCAACCGCAUCGAUUUGCCCCCUUACAAAUCUCUGGACAGCUUGCAAAACAAGCUUACGAUAGCUGUGGAGGAGACCAUGGGAUUUGGGCAAGAGUAA